AGACAAAAAGGCUAAUUUAGUCCCCACAUGUAGAUUAAAUAUCCUACAUUUACACUAUUACUUUAUGGACUCUCUCUUCAUCUCUAGACCACCCAAGUCUUCUAAGAACCAUCUUCACUUGCUCUGACUUCACCAAGGGAAUUCUGUGAACAUGGGCCGAAAAUACCUUUGGGCGUUUUGUUUAUGGGCGUUGGCAUGCUCUUUACUUCCUGCUUCUUCUAAUGGCUUAGUGAGAAUUGGUUUGAAGAGGCGAAGCUUGGAUCUUGAUAGCAUAAAUGCUGCUAAAAUGGCAAGAGUGGAAAGUAAAUAUCAAAAGAAUGUGGAGAACAUGCAUCAUAAUUUGGGUGAUGCAGAUGGAGAUAUAGUAUAUCUGAAGAACUAUUUAGAUGCCCAGUACUAUGGGGAGAUUGGUAUAGGCUCACCCCCGCAGAAAUUCACUGUCAUAUUUGACACUGGCAGUUCUAAUCUCUGGGUUCCAUCAUCAAAAUGUUAUUUUUCUAUUGCUUGCUUAUUCCAUUCUAAGUACAAGGAAAGCCGGUCCAGUACAUAUACCAAAAUAGGAAAAUCUGCUGAAAUAAAUUAUGGAUCUGGAUCAAUUUCUGGCUUCUUCAGUCAGGAUAACGUCAAAGUUGGUAAUCUUACUGUCAAAGAUCAAGUUUUCAUUGAGGCUACACGAGAAGGGAGUAUUUCUUUUCUCUUGGCAAAGUUUGAUGGGAUUCUUGGGCUUGGAUUCCAGGAAAUUUCAGUUGGGAAUGUGGUGCCAGUCUGGUACAACAUGGUGGAACAAGGUCUUGUAAGUGAGGAGGUAUUCUCUUUCUGGCUUAAUCGGGAUCAAGAUGCAAAAGAGGGAGGGGAGCUUGUUUUCGGUGGUGUUGAUCCAAAACACUUCAAGGGAGAGCAUACUUAUGUACCUGUAACUCAAAAGGGUUACUGGCAGUUUGAAAUGGGCGAAUUUUUUAUUGGGAACAGUACGACAGGUUUUUGUGAGGGGGGUUGUGCUGCUAUUGUAGAUUCUGGAACUUCCUUACUUGUUGGUCCUACUCCUAUUGUGACCCAAAUCAACCAUGCCAUUGGAGCAGAAGGAAUAGUGAGCGUGGAAUGUAAAGAAGUUGUGUCGCAGUACGGAGAAAUGAUAUGGGAUUUGCUAGUUUCAGGGGCUGCGCCUGAUCAAAUAUGUUCACAGAUUGGUCUAUGUUUUUUCAAUGGGGCUCGGUAUGUGAGUAAUAAUAUCAAAACAGUAGUUGAAAAAGAAAAUGGGGAUAUAUCGGCUAGGGAUAGUGCUAUGUGCACUGCCUGUGAGUUGGCUGUUGUUUGGCUCCAGAACCAGCUGAAACAAGAGGGAACAAAGGAGAAGGUGCUAGAGUAUGUGAAUCAGCUCUGUGAGAGCCUGCCAAGUCCAAUGGGAGAAUCAAUUAUCGACUGUAACAGCAUUUCAACCAUGCCAAACAUUACGUUCACCAUUGGAAGUAAAGCUUACAGCCUCACGCCAGAACAGUACGUUCUUAAAACCGGAGAAGGCAUUGCCACUGUCUGCCUUAGCGGAUUUACUGCUUUGGAUGUGCCUCCUCCUCGCGGCCCUCUCUGGAUCCUUGGAGAUAUAUUCAUGGGGGUGUAUCAUACUGUGUUCGACUAUGGCAAUCUCCAAGUGGGUUUUGCUGAAGCUACUUAGUGACUCCUUUUGUUGCUUCUAAAAAUGGUAAUGGUGUUGUAAGUUGUAACCUAAUGCUAGAUUGUACUUGAAUCCUGUCACGGUCAUAUAAUCAUAUUAUAUAUGUAUGUGUUUGUGUGUGCUUGAUAUGAGGAAACUUGAUAUGUGAAUAUAAUGCAUAGAGAUGCUAUUUAAACC